AUGAAGUUCACUCUCGCUACCGUCGCCGCCCUUUUCGGCGCCUCUGCCAUUGCCGCGCCCGCCCCCCAAGAGGACGCGCCCCGUCCGUCGGAGAACAUUGACAUCGCCGACCUCUCCGUCCGCAAGCAGCAGAACGGCACCGUGACCAACGUUAGCUUCCUUCUCUCGGGCGACGACGCCACGGAUCUGGCUUGCCAGGGUAGCACCGGCGUUCCUUCCGACGUCAUCACCUGCGGCGACUCCAAGUAUCGCUUCACUAUCCGCCAGGGCACAGAGACCGAGUUCGCUCUCCGCAUCUACCAUGAGCUCGGCCUUGCGGUCGGCUACUGGGGCGAGGGCGACGUAUUCACGUACUGCCACGCCGGCGGUCUCGGAGACCUUCUCUGCAACCAGGUUUACCCUACGACCAUUGUCAUCGACAACAACCCCCCUCCCGUCAACCCUUAA